AUUUUGUAAAACGUGUUAAUAACUGUCGUGCCAAAACUGCUGAUUGAAUUGAGCUGUACUGAGAAGGGGCGGAGAUUGAAAGCGGGACUCUAGACUGAAGGGGCGGGGCUACCCUGAGAAGCUGUGCAGUUAGAGAAGGCGCGCGUGAGUCAUUGUGUAUGAAGCACUUCCAGUGCAGCAUUGAGGACUUGAGCCGCUUCGCUGUAUAAAUCUAUUAGCUUGGGUACGAGACCAGAGGCGAUCACUGGAAGAGAAAACAUGAUCAGGAAUGCUGUUUUAGCACUGGUCAGUCGACGGAAAGGCAAGUUGUGACAAACAAAAGGGAGAGUGAGAAUAAAACAUUUACUGUUACCUCUAGAUGGAUGUGAAAGUGGAGACGUGUCAGGAUGUCGUGGGGAAAAGGACUAUGAACGUUAAGGAGGAGGAUUGUGAAUGGGAGUCUCCACACCUUAAACAGGAUAAUCCAAACAUUAAGGAUGAGGACUGUGAACCGGGGUCAGUGGGCAUUAAAGAAGAGGCUGAAGAGAAGUGCGUCAGCAAUGAGAAGUGCAAAUAUGAAAGUGUGGAGAGUGUCAAGGAAGACUACUUUCAUUAUGGGAGUGAAGAAGGAAUAAUGACUGGGUUAGUCUCUUCUCAAAUCAGGGACGGUUCAUAUCCAGAGUCUUCUGUCAAUGUGAGGUCUGAGCCAUUACAGUCUGAAACAAAAAGUACCGAGGAAAUUUCAUCUGUUACAAUGCAGGAAGAUCAGAAGGUGAAAAAAGGAGACCGACCAUACUGCUGUUCUGAAUGUGGCAGACAAUUUUUUUACCGUCGUAAUUUUCAGAGACACACUAGAAUUCACACGGGAGCGAAGCAGUUUUGCUGUUUGGAAUGUGGAAAACAGUUUUCUGAAGGCAGCACUCUUCAGAGACAUGCUAGAAUUCAUACUGGAGAGAAGCCAUAUUGCUGUCCUAAUUGUGGCAAACAAUUCAGCAGCAGAAGCGAGCUGCAGAGACACGCAAGAAUUCACACGGGAGAGAAGAAAUAUUGCUGUUUGGAAUGUGGAAAACAAUUUUCUGAAAGUGGCAAUCUUCAGAGACACGCUAGAAUUCAUACUGGAGAGAAGCCAUAUUGCUGUUCCGAGUGUGGCAAACAAUUCUGCAGCAGAGGCGAGCUUCAGAGACACACGAGAAUUCACACUGGUGAGAAACCAUAUUGCUGCACUGAAUGUGGAAAACGAUUUACACGAGUGAGUCAUCUUCAUGGCCAUAGAAGAAUUCACACUGGAGAGAAGCCAUAUAGCUGUUCCGAAUGUGGCAAGAGGUUCUGUCACAGAAAUAAUCUUCAGGACCACAAAAGAAUUCACACUGGAGAGAAGUCCUAUUGCUGUAACGAAUGUGGCAAGUGGUUCCUUCGUAGUUGUAAUCUACAGAGACACAAUAAAAUUCACACCCGAGGGAAAGAUGGAUACUCAAAUGUCAGGAAAUGUACAAAAUUCACCCUGCCCUCAUAAAGGUUCAUAUCCAACAUCUUCCAUCACUUGUAGACAACCCUGCAGCUUCACCACAGCAAUGAACACAUCAAAAGAGGCUCUCUUUCACCUCUCAUCUUCUGCCUAACAUUAAAUCCACUAAGUACCUUCCUCAGUCACUUCGGCCACAGAUUUAAUAUCAGCAGCCAGAAUUGACCAAACCCCUAGAUUGUCCCACAUCUCUCAUUUAAUUAUAAGUUGAAGCUACUCGGCCAAACUAACCUGCAACUAGAGAAACCUCCUUGCUUAGUAAAGAGAUUCUCACAAGACAUCCAAAUGACAUUCAAGGCUGGAUAAGUGUGCCAAGGAAUCUUUCAUCAAUGGGAAAGCUGAACAUGGUGAAACAAUCAAACUGGAUGAGGAGAAGUGUUAUCAUCAGAAACCUUAAACCAGAAGAGACCUACAGAUACUGUGGAGUAAAUGAAGGUGCAAAAAUUCUGAAAGAAAAUUGGAAAAGAGUACAUCUAUUGAACAAAGAAGAUUCUUAAAACUUCCCUUACAGCAUGUGUUAAUAUCCAGGUGAUAAACCAGUUAGCCAUUCCCAUCCUAUUUUACAGCUUCUGUAUCACCAAACAAUUUAUAUAAACUGGAUAUAAAAGCAUGGCAACGUUUCCAUGUACAGCAGUCAAUAUGCAAGAAUCAAUGCAUGCCAUGGUUAUACAUUCCCAGAUCUGAAGGAUGCAUGGGGCUUACUGAAAUAGAUUUAUACAGGGUUACAAUCAUCGAUUCGUGGAUAUACCAUCUCUACUUAACAGACCACCAUGUACAGAAGAUAAGUCAACAUCAAACCAACAAGACCAGCUCGGCAUCAAUUAUUAGGCUUGACCAAGCAUUUUGAUUUAGUGAACUAAUGACAGAGAUGCCCCCACAUUGUGCACAAACAGUGCAGCUGGCUAGACACCAAAAACAAGGUUAAAAAAGAGUUUGACACACAGAAGAGGAAGAAUUAUUGGAGAAAAACACAAAUACAGUGGAACCUCGGUU